AAUCGUAUUUUGUUUUCCAGGAAAUGGCCAUAACGGGAGAUAAUAAAAGACUAACUUCACCAGGCUUUGCAUGAUAAAAGACUGUAGCCUCGCUAUGGUCAGUUCACAAACGUCCCAAGGUCAUCUAGAGCAGAAUUCGGAGACAAUGAGUGAAGUGGGGGAUUCAGAUCGAGAUAUUCGAGACCCUCCAAGAGUUCUUGGAAAACCGCCAGCAGGAAAACAUCGUCCGAUGCAAGAAUGUGAUAAUGCAUCGGUUGAUUCUCCCGUUAAGGGUGAUCUAACGAAGGUUACCGUAUCUCCUCGUGUGGAACUGAUGUUAAACAAUGAAUUGUUUAAAAAAUAUCUCAGUAGACAUGGGAAUUUACUCGAAAAAUUGGCUCAAAGACAAGGACGGAGCAGAGGAACUUUAAAGAAAGCGUUUUCUAACCUUGACCUUUCCAAAAUUGAUCUUGAGGAGGAAUUACAUUCAGCUGAAGAUAUGAAUAGUUCUUCAAAAUUGGGAAAAGAAGACAAUAAAGAAAACGAUGUUACUGGAGAAGACGUAGACGGUUUAUGUUCUUUACAUUCCCAAAAUCCUGCGGCUAUUAGGGCAAAAAGAUCACUUUCGCUUACAGGAACCAGUGAUCCCAAUUUUAAUGAUCUUCAGCAAGCCUUGAAAAUAAACGAGGAAAAGACAAAUGUUCGAAAUAAAUCGAGACGUUCAAAGUUCAUGAUGCCAAGUUUCGAAGAAUUCAAACGCUCCAGAAAAGAAAAACUGAAAAAGGGACAAGAAUUUGUGAAAGACGUAUUACGAAAUAAAGAAAACAUUCCUCAUUCGUUUAUAAAGAACCUGGACAUCAAGUGUUUUCCUACAGUGACUUCCUCUCGACGGUUGCCAAAGGAACCGGUUCCAAAAGAACCUGAAACUACGCAAAGAAACCUGUCUUCUGGUGAAACCUUCAAGGGUAAUGAAGAACAAUCGCAGGUUGUCUCCAAAGAAUCCCAAGUAAUGAAUAAAAGUGUUGAAACUGCAAAAGUAGAAGCAGAAGAUGUGAGGACAGAACAGGGUUUCCAAAAGAUAAAACAGGAACCACAAGAAAGAGUUCACAGAAAAUUGCCAAAUAUAGAAAAUUUAACAUUAUCAAAUAUUGCGCAUGUAUCUAGUCAGCAAGGUUUUGAUGUCCAUGAAUCUAAUGAGAAGACCGACGGAAACCAAAGAAUUGACGACAAUCAUUUGUCGAAAUUAGUCACCAGGAAGGAAAGAUUAAAAUCUAGUGAAUCCUUUUGUGCAAGAUCUCCCGAAGUUUCAAUAUGUUCGCCAAGACGUUCUAAAAGUAUGAAAACAAAACAGAAAGAUUUUAGAUCAAACUCUUCGAAGUCUUUUACUGAAGAUGUUGACCCCCUUGAACUAUCUACAGAUGGAAAUACUGUGUAUGCUACUUUAAACAUAUUUUCAACGGAUGUGGAAUUACAAGCGCAGGCUACGGACACAGAGGAGGAUGAUGAUCACGCAAAAGACUCCCAGAGUAACUGUAGAACAGAGAACCAUUGUGGUUGUUGUAUUAGAAAGAAAAUAUCCAGUUCAAAAGAUGAUUUGCUUUCUAAAACUGAGAGUGCAAUGAACUCGAAAACAUCUGUUUGUCCUGAAGGUAACGAGACAUCUAACAGGAAUUCCCAACAAGAAAGAAGUGACGGUGUUCCUGGUCGAAGAAUUCUUCGAGCAACACGAAAACGCAAACUGCCAACCAAGCAACGUAAAAACAAAACAGAAGAAAUCAAUUUUACCGUAAACACAGGUCUUUCGACCGUUAGGACGUGGCCUAAGCUCUGUGCAUCUCAGUCUGUUGACAAUGCGACAAAUACUAGUGUCAAGAAAAUUGAGAAGAAGCCUCCUCCUGUACACCUGCCACUUAACAGGUCCGUCAGUUGUGAAGUGUUCAGUGUCAACAACUUCAGUCCCUUCUCCCCGGGGACAUUCUCAUUCCCAAAUAGUCCCAGCGAUCUAGUCUCCUUCAGUUUCCCAUCUACAGACAGCUCUAACCCUGGUUCAGAGAUUGACUUAUACACUGGUGAACACGAAAAGAUACACAUUCAGGAGACUAGGUCGAUUCAAAUAGAUUCGAAGUUAUUGAUUUCUCGGUCGACAUCUGACGUUACCACAGAUUCUCAAAGAAAAAGACGAGAAAGAAAACAACGACCUUAUAAAAGUGAUCCCUUCAAUGGCUCCAUCCACUUAGCAGAUAACAAGUUGACCCAAAACUUAAAUGCUUUGAGGAAUAACUUCUUGUCAUCGAAGGAAGAGGAUUGCCCUGACGACAGAGACGAUUUGUCAUUAGAGGAUGUUGAAGAAGAAAGGAAUCUGUUUGGAGCCGAUCAGUUUCGAAACAUCAACCACAGACUGAGUAACAUUAGUGACGUCAGCACGGACAGCGGCGUCAUCGGUCCAGACAGUAUUCCAGAUGCCCCACCGAGUCCCUCCAGCAGUAUCUUCAGUCAGACAAGCUUGUUCGGGGGCUCGGAGGGACAAACGUGCACUGAUGUGGACGAAAAGAGUUUUGGAGACUCAGAAUAUAAUCAAGAAAAGCACGAAAAAGAACGCAAAGAAACCAUUUUGGAGAUACGAGACACUGAAAUAAAUUAUGGAAGAGACCUGAAAAUUUUAAAGGAGGAGUUUUACAAGCCUAUGAAAAACAACGGUUUGUUGACGUCUGAACAACUAGAAGACAUCUUUCAAAACUUGGAAGAUCUAAUUGAGGUCAACAAACAAUUUACGGAUCGUCUUCAGCAAGCUGUAGAGGCCGCCCUAGAAGCAGGCGACGAGCUCCUUACAAAAGUUGUCAUCGGCGACCUAUUCCUGAAAUCAACCAACCUCAUCUACACAUUCGAGCACUACUGUGUGAACCAGAGCCAGGCAACGAUUUUGCUGGAACAACUUGAAAGAGAAAAGGAUAUUCUGAGAAUUUUUCUAAAGGUUUGCCAAGAUGAACAGCCAAUUCUGAGGAGAAUGCAUUUAAAGUCUUUCUUGAUGGUCCCUGUGCAAAGAAUUAUGAAGUAUCCAUUAUUGUUGGAACGCUUAUACCGGGCAACAUCUCCAAAUCAUUCUGACAAAGAAGCAAUACUUAGUGCCAAAAAUAAAAUUGAGAAAAUCUUAGAACAUAUCAACUCGAGAACACGAACAGCCAGUCAAGUUAGAUUAGCGAAGAGGAAAUCUGCGGACAAGAAAUACACAGUGACAGAGAAAAUAGAAGUAACGAGGGUUGCCAUGGAAGUAUUAGGAUGGCACAAACAUGACAUCUGUGACAUAUUGACUAGUCAGAUGCAGGUGGCGCCAUUAUUAAAUGAUCAGAAUUGGGCAACAAAGCGCCUGCGCAACAUCAAAUUUACUUCCGUUCACGCUGUGCUGUUGACACUUGGACAGGGAGAACUUCUUCAUGCGGAAGAGGAAUGUCUGUUGUUUCCAAGGAGAAGCCAGGUGAUUCAAGCAGCCAUAGUUCUGAUCAAGGAGAAAAAUGGAAAAUUUCAAACUUUUCGAGAACCAUUUUUACUGAAUCGCUGUGUCAUCAAUGUUGACAAAGACUUGGAAGAUGUUUUUGAAGUUAUGGAGCUCAACAAAGAGUCUUGCUUAUUUAAGUGUGAAGACUCAAAUCUUUUCAAACUAUGGCUGCAGAAUGUAAAACAGCAGACGCUUGACUUGGGAUCAUGGAGAAAGAGAAGAAACGCCUUGCCUAAUAUUAUGAUUAAACAUCUAGUAUGAAAAAGAUUAUACCAGAGCAAAUUCAGAACUGAGCAAUUGCUGCCUCUUAUUUUGCUUUGUGCAGAAAGAAAGUCCCAUGUUGCAGGGGCCAACAAAGAGUAACGAUAGCUCUAUUUGCUGCAAUCAGAAAAUGCUCAUUGAAAUAGAUGAUCAUUGCAGCUUUUUUUCUGAUUAAAUAUGAAGCUAACAGAAAAAAAUAGUACUGCAACAUUCUGCAGAGCUUUACAACAGGUUCGCAGCAACCGCAACAGACGUCACUUGAAUACCUGCAAUUCAGAGCAUCACCUGUUCCACAUUACCCCUGAAAUAACUUAGUUAGGAGAGAUGUCUGGCGGUUAAUAACGGUUAAUUACUCUGCCGAUAACUAGGCGUUAAUUGACAUCCGUGGUUGUGUAUUCCAAAGUGCCAUUUGCCCUGUGAUAUUGAUUUGCUUAGACAAUCACUUGUUAAACAUGUGCUAAUAUAUCAACAACUUGACAACUAUAGCAUGUACAUGAAUUAGCAUCUUGUAUCAUGUAUAUUACAUGUCAUUAUUCUCUUUGGUCAAAUGAAAUCUACUUGCAUUUUCGCACAAGUUGAACAAGUUGUAUGGUAUAUAUUUGUUGAUUGUGGACUCAAUGUUCUCAAUGGUCCAUGAGAUGACGACUGUGAUAUUUUGUUUUUGUAAAGAUAUUUUGUUAUUUUGGUGCUUUUGGUAUUAAUAUCGUUAUGUACAAGUGAUACAUUGAAAAUAUAGCAAAACACAAGGAAAUCAUUUGUGUCCAUGACGAUUUUUAUAAACACCAUGUUUUGUUCAUUAACAGUAAUUUUCAUGAUUAAAAAACUUUUCAGCAUUUGAAAAAUCUUACUAAUCACUCAAUUUGUCUUGUGACUUUUUCUUUGAAUUGUUAUACAUAAGAGCUGGAACUCAAAAACUGGGAAAAAUAUUUUAAUUCUUCAAUUGACAUACUAAUUAUCUACUUUGAUAAGCUUCUUACUAAUUAUUGUUAGACACAUACAUUAGGAGGCUGUUAUGUCGUGAAUGCAUGCAUUUGAUGAAUUUAUUCAUGUUUUUCCCUCUACUGUGUGUACCAAUAACAUCAUCCAAAGAAGAGAAUUUGCUGCCUUGACUUGUUCUUGCAUUGCUUUCAAUUUUGUUCAUGUAACCAUGUUGGUUUUCAUCAUUUUUAAAUUACUGAGUGAUAAUCAGAAUGCAAACAGGACAGUUUUCCAAAGCCAGUAGAUCAAACAUGGUGUUAUAUUUUAUUGUCGAAAUGCGCACAUGUACAUAAAAAGAAUCUUGGCUCAUUGAAUGAGAAUUUAAUAAAAAUCUGAAACACUA